GUUUUUUUUGGGGUGAAAUCGAAGAAGCUUAGAAGAAGAGAAAGAGAGCAUUAAGAUGGUAAGGUUGAGAUCAUCAGCGAGAGCAAAAUCUGAGUAUGAAGCUCUCAGAGACGCUCGCUUGUUAGAGAAUCAGGCUCGUUUGGAGUCUCUGGGUGUUCUGAAUAGCAUUUCUCAGCUUCGACAAGCCUCUGCUCAACGCAAGAAACCUCGCAACAAAAGGGUUUACGGUCUCACCCCCUUGCGCCGCUCCCAGCGAAUCACCGCCGCCACCGCCACGGCCACCGCCAACCACCUUCCACCGCCUUGCUCACACCCUUUGAGAGACAGUUCCACCCACCCAUUGUCCCCAAAACAAGAGAAGGUGACUUCAUGUGAAGGGGAAGAAGAGAAGAGGGUUUUUGUGACAGAGAAGGUGACUUCAUGUGAAGGGGAAGAAGAGAAGAAGAGGCCUGCCAAUGCACCGCUUGUUAAAUUGAGAGAUCUAGAACUUCAGAUUUCAGCAGAGAGUUCUGCUCAGCACUGCCAAUGCAUAGUUUUAGAAGAAGAGAAAGAGAGCAUUAAGAUGGUGAGAGUGAGAGCGAGAGCAAAAUCUGAGUAUGAAGCCCUCAGAAACGCUCGCAUGUUAGAGAAUCAGGCUCGUUUGGAGUCUCUGGGUGUUCUGAAUAGCAUUUCUCAGCUUCGACAAGCCUCUGCUCAACGCAAGAAACCUCGCAACAAAAGGGUCUACGGUCUCACCCCCUUGCGCCGCUCCCAGCGAAUCACCGCCACCUCCACCGCCAACCACCUUCCACCGCCUUGCUCACACCCUUUGAGAGACAGUUCCACCCACCCAUUGUCCCCAAAACAAGAGAAGGUGACUUUAUGUGAAGGUGAAGAAGAGGAGAAGAGGCCUGCUAAUGCACCGCUUGUUAAAUUGAGAGGUGUAGAUCUUCAGAUUUCAGCAGAGAGUUCUGCUCUGCGCUGCAAUAGCAAGGGCAGAGGUAGUAUCUACAAUCCAGUUCUUGGGAUAUGCUGCCAUUUUUGCAGGCAAAAGAAAUUGUGUGGCGAAGAAGACUGCAAAAGAUGUGGCAAUUUUGAUGUGAAAGAACCAUGCCUGGGAAAGACUGAUUGUUCAGUCUGUCACUCUAGCACUGGUGUUUUUUGCAGAGCCUGUCUCGAGGUUCGGUACGGCGAAGAAAUAGAGGAGGUGAGAGAGAACAAGGGAUGGAUGUGCCCACAUUGCAUAGAAGAGAAAGGAAUAAAACCUUACUGGAUAUGUAACAGCUCAAUAUGCCUGAGGAAACGAAAGAUUCCUCCAACUGGAAUAGCAAUAUAUAGAGCUCGGGAAAUGGGAUACAAUUCAGUGGCACAUCUACUAAUGGAAGAACUUAAACGUGCAAACUUGUACAAAAGAUAUGGGAUUCCCAUGUAAGAUCAAGUUGUAAUAAGCAGUAGUAGAGUUUGCCUUAUUAAUAUUCUAGACCAAUGUUAGACUUCCAGUGGCACUCAUUUGCCUUCAUUUUAGAUUUGUCUGCUCCAUUUAUUUUCUUUGAGGAACAACUUUCAUUAGUUUAUAUGUCACCAAUAUUGGAUCUCUAUUAGUCUCA